AUGGCGGACAGCGACAAGUCCUGUGUGGGUUUGUGGGAAAUUGAAAACAGGCGUGAAAAUUAUGAGACAGAGAUGAUGAUAUGGGAUGUUGAGCUCCUGCUCCCAGUCACUUGGGGCAAGUCGUUUCUGCCCCACCAUGCACUAGCAAAAUUCCCAAAAGAUAGUACACUGGAUCGUGCACUUCUGUAUGCAACCAUUUUUGGUAAUGUGACAACCAUCUUUCAGCAAAUGUAUGCCAACACAAACCGGUACCAUGAAAUGCUGAACAGCGUCCGGGACUUCCUUAAACUCUACCAAGUGCCCAAAGGUCUGAGCGAACGUGUGAUGGACUAUAUCGUUUCCACUUGGUCAAUGUCCAGGGGGAUAGAUACUGAAAAGGUUUUACAGAUCUGCCCUAAGGAUAUGCGAGCAGACAUCUGUGUGCAUCUGAACCGCAAAGUUUUCAAGGAGCACCCAGCAUUCAGACUGGCUAGCGAUGGGUGCCUUCGAGCCUUGGCCAUGGAAUUUCAGACUGUACACUGUGCCCCCGGGGAUCUGAUCUACCAUGCUGGCGAGAGUGUGGACAGCCUUUGCUUUGUGGUUUCAGGGUCUUUGGAAGUAAUCCAGGAUGAUGAAGUUGUUGCUAUUUUGGGCAAAGGAGAUGUUUUUGGCGAUGUGUUCUGGAAAGAAGCUACCCUUGCUCAGUCCUGUGCUAAUGUCAGAGCCUUGACUUACUGUGACCUUCAUGUGAUUAAAAGGGAUGCCUUACAGAAAGUGCUGGAGUUCUACACAGCCUUUUCUCACUCCUUCUCCAGGAACCUCAUCUUAACCUACAACUUGAGAAAAAGGAUUGUGUUCCGGAAGAUCAGUGAUGUCAAACGGGAAGAAGAAGAGAGGAUGAAAAGGAAGAAUGAAGCGCCUCUGAUUCUACCACCAGACCACCCGGUCCGUCGGCUCUUUCAAAGAUUCAGGCAACAGAAAGAAGCCCGGCUAGCGGCAGAAAGGGGGAGGGAUCCAGAUGACCUGGAUGUGGAAAAGGGCAACAUCCUUGCAGAGCACUCUCGCACCAUUGUGAAAGCUAGUAUUGUAACGGUAAGGGAGAGCCCUGCAACCCCUGGUUCGUACCAGUCUGCUUCAACAUCCGGUGUGCCUGAUCAUGCCAAAUUGCAGGCCCCUACGUCAGACUAUGCAGGGUGCAAAGUGGCCGGUGACUACCCAAGACGCAAAGGCUGGGCCAAAUUCAAAGAUGCUUGCGGAAAGGGGGAAGACUGGAACAAAGUAUCCAAAGCAGAAUCCAUGGAGACUUUACCAGAAAGAACUAAAACUUCAGGAGAGACUACACUGAAGAAGACAGACUCUUGUGAUAGUGGCAUUACAAAAAGUGACUUGCGCUUGGAUAAUGUUGGAGAGACAAGGAGCCCUCAGGACCGAAGUCCUGUCCUUACAGAGGUCAAGCAUUCUUUUUACCCUAUCCCAGAACAGACUCUUCAGGCUACCAUGCUGGAAGUAAAACAUGAGCUGAAAGAGGACAUCAAGGCUUUAAACACAAAAAUGAGCAGUAUAGAAAAACAGCUUGCGGAGAUACUAAGGAUAUUAACCUCAAGAAGAAGCUCUCAGUCACCACAGGAGCUGUUUGAAAUAUCAAGGCCCCAGUCUCCAGAAUCAGAAAAGGACAUUUUUGGAGCAAGCUGAGAUGUUUCUUUUUAAAAAAACAAAAAAUCACACAAAUAAACACCACCCCCCAACCAUUUUAAAUUUAGCCUUUCUUGAUGAAAACCAGUGAGGGACCAGUUCAUUAAGCAUGUUCCCUGUUUCUAAAAAAAGGUACGGUAACAGGAAUUGCAACCUCAUGUCAAGAUGGCAGCUGACACUGAAGUCUUUUUGACAGCAA